CUGGAAUCCCGUCCCAGUCGCAGAUUUGUAGGCUUCCCUUGAAGUUGCGAUUACGCCACACAAUCAACUCGCACGCUCUUGACCUGACUGCCUUUCGGAAGGAGGAUUAUGAUGGCCACUGUUGAGCCUGACGUAGUGGGUGGGCAACAACGUGUCCUCGAGAGCGAUAGGCCCGUACCGGUGAAGAAGCCGCUGGAGGCGCAGCAUGAGGAUGGGAUUCUCGAAAGGGAGGCAUACGGGGCCCAAGUGGCGGCCCCCGGUUCCGUUGCGGAUGCUGUCAAUCACUCGGCUGUAAAGUACGAUGAGGCUAUCCCAGAGAACGAUGGCAGCGCACAAAAACCCGCAGAUUCUGGCGACGACCUCCCGCCUCUGAGCACACACACGCCGGUUUUCCCAGACUCCAAUGACGAUGUCUCCAUCAGUACCAUCGUUACACCCCUACCAAAUGCACCACGGUGUCCCGUCACAGUCGCAUUCGGCCCGCGCAAUGGCUGGUACGUCCGCUGGUCAGAUGGAACAAGCGGGUGGGAAUCUCUUCCACCGUCUCUACACGCCAAACUCAACAAGCGCCUACCAUCCCUACCCGGUGUCCGGCAAUUGAGUAUAUCGGAUAACAGCGAAUGGUUCGUGUCCUUCGACGAUGGCUCCAUCGCAACAUCUGGGUUCCCACCUCGUGGAAAGCUGUGGGAUGCGCUUCAUAGCGACGCAGACGCCGAUAUCACCAACCUAGUGUUUGCGCCCGGCGGCGGCUUCUUGUUGACAAGAGAGGAUGGAACGUACGUGUUUGAGAGGCUGCCAACGACUUUAAACGAUCUGCUGAAUAAGAGGGGCCGUGGAGAUCCGCGGAUAGACUACGUCGCCAUUUCAAAGUUGGGUGGCUGGUUUGUCAUGUUCGAAGACCGAGAGUGCAUCUGGGAAGGUCUCCCUCCGCGCUUGGAAAAGGUCCUCAUCCAAACCGUAAGAAAGAACCCACCUUUACUUUUGGUUGGAUUAUCCUCUUCGGAAAUGAUGCACUACUUUGUCGCCGUGGGAACUGCCACCGAUACCAACAUCGAUUACCCUGGCCUCAAAGCGGCCCUGUCCUGGGCCAAACGCGAAACCGACGUGCAACCCGAGAUGAACGUCAACUACACCGGCCCGAUGCCUGUCCCGCCGGUAGAUUCUGCCAUCUACGAAGACCUAUUUCGGCAUGCCGCUGCAGGGGACUUCAGUGACGGCCUCUCUCCUGACGCCGGUGAUGCAUUUGAUCUCGAUGAUGAUGUAAAGUCUUCCAUCGGCGGUGGCGGGUCCGUCGUCGAGGUCAAGCUGGGAGGUGCGGCAAACAAAGGGUCUGGGUAUAUCUACGGCGCUCCCAUCGAUGGAAACGUCGAGGCAGAGGAAGGCGGGCGUCUUUUACUGCGCGCAGCCUCUUCAGCUCAACUCGAAACGAAAGAUCCCAAACGAGGCUGGAGCCUGAUGGGCGCCAGUCUCCCAUCUCCCACGAUUCAACCCCCAGCCGCUGCCAUCCUGCCAUCCGCUUCUACCGCGGCCGGUUCGCCCUCUUCAUCGGCUGGCAUAGGUUCUUUCUUUUCCUCCGUUUUUGGAUUAUCCAAAACUCCUGACCAAAAUGCUCAGUCCACGCGAACGACGUCACGGAAUCGGUCCAGGACAAGGCAAGAUUCCAGGGGAGCAAAACAGUCGCAACAGCAGCAGCAAGGUGGCCAGCAACAGAAAGCCAUGGAAAGUCCGCAAGAUGUCGAUGAGUAUGAUAGUGCGAGCGACAUGAUGCUCGAUCGAGUUGCGCAAUUGAAGGGUCAAUUGCAGGAGCGACUAUCGGAACUUCCUACAUCUUCCCGCUUCUACCCACCACUGACUCGCCUCUCCAAGAAGCUCGAUGAGCACGCCUACCACCUUACAACCCUCCGCUCCCAGCACACAACCCCCGAACAGCUAGCCGACACGGAAUACUACGUCCUGUACUGCGAGGGCUGGCUUGAGGCGUCUGAGAUUGUGCCAUUGGACAACCCGUGGCUGAAUGGAUGGGUCGAAGGAAAGUUUGGCUGUUCGGUAGAUGAGGUUGCGAAGGCUGUUCAGGCCUACAAUAAGACGGAGGAGGCCGCGAUCACGGGGGCGCACGCGGUUGUGAAGGGAAGUGGGGUGUUUUCCGAAGAACCGGAAGAUAUCUUGGCGUCGGACACGGAUGCUGUGGAUGUCGAGAACGGCAAGCAGGUCGACGCAGACGUUACUACUUCCGCAGGGAAGACGGAACAACAGACGAUCGACGAACAUCUGCGUUUGAGCUAUGUGUAUGAGGCAGAGUUCACAAAGACAGUGGGCUUGGGCCUUGCACCGUCCGCAAGUCUCACAGAUACAGCCGGCCAGAAUGAGUAGACAGAUAUACCCCCGUUUCAGCCCACAACACAUCCUUUACAAUUUCCUCUGUUCCCCCUUGUAUUUUACAUAUAGCUUAUAUGAUGUCGUUUUCC